GUGACAUCCACGGGCAGUACUACGACCUGCUGCGACUUUUUGAGUACGGGGGUUUCCCCCCUGAGAGCAAUUACCUGUUCCUGGGUGACUACGUGGAUCGGGGCAAGCAGUCCCUGGAGACCAUCUGCCUGCUCCUGGCCUACAAGAUCAAGUACCCAGGCAAGCGGCGCUACAACAUCAAGCUCUGGAAGACGUUCACUGAUUGCUUCAACUGUCUGCCCAUCGCAGCCAUUGUGGAUGAGAAGAUCUUCUGCUGCCAUGGAGGGCUGUCUCCAGACCUGCAGUCCAUGGAGCAGAUCAGGAGGAUCAUGCGACCCACGGACGUGCCAGACCAGGGGCUGCUCUGUGACCUUCUCUGGUCAGACCCCGACAAGGACGUUCAGGGCUGGGGGGAGAACGACCGUGGGGUCUCCUUCACCUUUGGGGCUGAGGUGGUGGCCAAGUUCCUGCACAAGCACGACCUGGAUCUCAUCUGUCGGGCACACCAGGUGGUGGAGGACGGGUACGAGUUCUUUGCCAAGCGCCAGCUCGUCACCCUCUUCUCUGCCCCCAACUACUGUGGGGAGUUCGACAACGCUGGUGCCAUGAUGAGCGUGGAUGAGACCCUCAUGUGCUCCUUCCAG